AUGUCUCCUCUUUCUCCUCCCGCUUCUUCCCACGCCCGCCUCCAUCCCAUCCCCCCAGGUCUGCUCCACACCAUCAUGUUCCAUCGGGCACUGGGUCUCGUGCGACCCAAGAGCAUCGACUCAGAGCUUUUCGAUAUCACCUAUGUGCAGUGCGGGGAUGCAGAGGUGGAGAGACAAAUAGAGGAGAAGAUUGGCCAGUUUAGUCUGUGGCUUGAAAAGAACUCCACCAAGAAGGGACAGAUCUGCCUUUCUUUCUUUGAGAAGCACCGUCCAAUCACAAGCUCCAUCUCAUCAGCCACGUCAUCCGUCCUCACCUCCUCCCUCGUCUCUUUCCCCUUUGAAAUUUCCGUCCCAAGCAUGUCAGACUCCUUCGGAAUGGAUGUGUUGAAGAGGAUGCUGCAGACAGCACCACACCAUGUUCUGGGAUAG